AUGACGUCAUCGAUCGGAUGUCCCGUCCAGGUUUCCGAUAUAAUCGAUCAAAUCAGUGAGGGCACUCGAAUGCGCUACGACGAUUCGACACUCGGACGGCAAAGCAUGUAUGAGGGCCACACAAUUUCGGAGUGUCGUAAUGAGAACUCGAUUUCAGAGUGUUCCGUUCAAACGCUUUUCUUCGCUAUUUUAGCACCGCAAUGCCUCCUCUGGAUUGGGCGAAUCCGCAACGAAUCGGACAAAGUAUCGUUUAUUCGAGACGGUAUCAAAAAGUUGUCGACUAACAAAAUGUGCAAAAUUCAUCAGUUGACAACUUUUUGAUUCCUCCACUCGCAGCUGACAUAUAUCGGCUAGAAUAAACGGUAUUCUCGCAAACCUUUCGCCUAAUUCCUAUCAGUUUUUUUUUGGUUCAAAAAGUGAGGACAUUCAGAGUGCGUAGAAGACGGAAAAAAAUGGCUGAUAUCGGAUUGUCAAUCGAACGCCGGCUAUUCGGAGGACAUUUGCAACAAAGUCAUCGACAACGGAUUGUGGCUGUUUUGCGAGAUCGAAGGGGGAACAGGCAAGUGUUCUAAGGUCUACACACGGUCUCCGAGGGCGCUAAUGCUAAACACAGUGCGCUCGUAAAUUGCGGAGUGUCGUUGUAACUUUUGAAAAUUUGCAUGUCUAAAAAUGCAGUUAAAUUCGAGUUUACGACCUUUAUUUCUUUCUUUUUGACUUGAAAAACGUCUAGAAAACAAUAUUUUACUGAUUGGAAACCGUUCGUUACAGAAUUUAGAGUUUUCAUGUUUUUAGAGUCUUUUUCGCAUUUCGCCAAAACUUCAAACUUUAUAUUUCAACUCAUUUUGCAUUCCAUGAGCCCAACGAACGAUAAAAAUAUUCACUGAAUCUUUCUUCACAAAAUUCAGGUUCCGGCGGUUAGUUUUCUUGAGCAGUUUUCGAAGACUAUUCGAAAAACAUCAAAAUCCAGGCCAAAACCUUCAAAUCGAAAUAACUCGGCUAAUUCUCAACGAUAUGUGAGAUUGCUGUUACCAAAACGUGGCUAGUGCACCAAAUAUUCGAAUCCAGGUUCCACGCGUACAAAAAAUAGGUGUAUUGUAUAGAAAACAUGGAAAGAACGCGAACUCCCGUUGAAAAUAAAUUAAUCGGCCUCCGCGUAAAUCGACACAGCCCGCCUGUUGCAAGUGCGCCUCGUUGAAAUCAUUCGCGCCGUGGGAGACCGUGCUACACGGGUUUUUGCUGUUCACGGUCUCCAGAGCUGACAAUAUGGGCGUGGCCUCGGCCAAAUGACGUUUUCAUGAAUUUUCUCUGAUUUUUGUGGUCAACGGUGAUGAAAAAUGAUUGUUCGACAUGAAAACACACUAAUUCUCACAGAAUUAAUGACGUUUUGGCUCAUUUUUCGCGGACUUUGCAACUGAAAUUCACGCAGUUUUAGCCAAAAACCUUCAAACGGAUAAAUGUGAUUUGCGACUUGACCAAAUUUAACGCUCUUGCGCUUAAAAAAUUCGUAAUGGCCCAUACAAUCGGUCUAUCGAGAGACAAAUGAGAAAUUAUCGGUUUUUCGUGGCUAAUCUGGCAAAAAACACACAUUUUGCUGUUAAAAUUUGAAUUUCGCGCCAAUGUAUCGCUCUAUUGGGCGGGGCGCACUUGCGCCCAUUGUAAGCUCUGGAGACCGUGUGUUAGAAAAGCGUUCGUCGCGAUCGAUACACUGAAAUUGCAGCUCUGCGAUGCAAAGGCGCGAAAGAGCAGACGGUGUGGGCGGUGAACACGUCGUCGCCGUGGUUCUGGGCGCCGCUGGGAGUGGUGACGGGCGUAAUGAUCGCCGCGAUCGUGCUCGCAGUGAUCUAUUGUGUGUGUCUGCAGAAGAAGGCACCGACGGGACCGGCGAGCAGUGGCGUCACCGGGAAGAAGCCCGUCUCCGGCAUCGAGUACACCACCACCAGGACCGAGUCGGCGAAUGCAACCAAAUGA